UCCCCAAAGGUCAGCAGUCAUUUCCUGUACUGUCUGCAGUCUCUGGUCAUCUCCUGUACUGUCAUCAGUCUCUGGUCAUCUCCUGCACUGUCCGCAGUCUCUGGUCAUCCCCUGCACUGUCCGCAGUCUCUGGUCAUCCCUUGCACUGUCCGCAGUCUCUGGUCAUCCCCUGUACUAUGUCCGCAGUCUCUGGUCACUUGUCCGCAGUCUCUGGUCAGCCCCUGCACUGUCCGCAGUCUCUUGGUCAUCCCCUGCACUGUCCGCAGUCUCUGGUCAUCUCUGUCUUGGUCAGCCGCAAGUCUCUGGUCAUCCCCUGCACUGUCCGCAGUCUCUGGUCAUCCCAGUCUGCACUGUCCCGCAGUCUCUGGUCAUCCCCUGUACUAUGUCCGCAGUCUCUUGGUCAUCCCCUAUACUGUCCGCAGUCUCUGGUCAUCCCCUGCACUGUCCGCAGUCUCUGGUCAGCCCCUGCACUGUCCGCAGUCUCUGUACUGUGUCAGCCCCUGCACUGUCCGCAGUCUCUGGUCUCUGUACAGUCCCAGUCUGCACUGUCCGCAGUCUCUGGUCAGCCCCUGCACUGUCCGCAGUCUCUUGGUCAUCCCC